AUGCACCGCACUUUUAUCAAUAAACUUGGAACAUAUAGAAUAUUUCAAGAUCGUCUUGGAGCAGCUAGAAGAGUUGAAAAUGAAGUCGCUGGACAACUUGAAAAUGACAUCGUUGGAGAAGUUAGUGAAAUUGAAUAUGGGCGUCGUGAAAGAUUUGAACCUGGUCUAGGCCUUGGUGCCAGACCUGCUUAUAAACCUGAAAGGAAUGUCUGUAUUCUAUGGACACCACAGUCUGCUAUGGCUUAUCAACAAUUUCUUAGUCGUAUGGGAAAUAUGGGAAAUAUGGGUGGUUACCCUAUGGGCGGCAUGGGGGGUAUGAAUGGCUCACCUAUGGGCGGCAU